AAUCAACAAAAUUCCAACUAGUUUCAAUCUAACUAGAACAAAAAAAAUAAAUAAAUUCAAUUUUAUUUUUGAAUAUUGAAGAAAAGAAAUUCUAAAUGACAAAAAUAUGCCAGGUUUGGUUAUAGCAUCACGUCGUUGGAACAUUGGUUCCGAUGAUAUAAUUGUUCCAGCAUCAAUUUAUCUAAUUACACAUCUAUUGUGGAUACUCAUCUAUAUUUUUAUAUGUGCCAAAAAUGGUACACCAUUUCUUGAUGACAAUUGUCCAUUGAUAAUAACAUUACCAGUAUUUGGACAAUUUAUAUCAUUAUUUGGAUUCAUUAUACUUGAAAUCUUUAUGAUUAAAGUAAGUUUACGUGGUUCAAUACUGAAUACAAAAGCACGUUCAUCAUUGAAUAUAUUGAUCUACAUUUGGUUUGCAUUAUUUUCAAUUGAAAUUCUAUGGGAAAUAUAUGGAUUAUUUAUCCUAUUUCAUAAUCAAAUCGAUAAUAAAAAUAAUCUAUGUGCCUCGACCAUAGACAUCGUGAUCGGAUUGAAAAUAUUUUUGUUAUUGAUUUGGAUAACAUUAAUUCUGUUUGUAUGGUGUGCAUUCGAUUAUGCGGGUAAAAGCUGGGUGAAAAUGAAACGUUUUCAAGAAAGUCUUAAUAAUCCCAAUUCGAAAUACAAAUAUCGACGUUCGAAUAGUUUUCAUCGUAAUUGGCGUCAUCGUGAAGCGUUAAGAAAAUAUCAACAAUCUUGGCUAAAUCGUUGUCGUUGGUUUUGUUGUGUUAAGGAUCGAAGAGAUAAUUCUUUUACUGAAAUUGCCAAAUUAUUAUCAGAAUUUUUUCGUGAUCUUGAUGUAGUACCAUCGGAUGUUGUAGCCGGAUUAUCAUUGAUUCGUGUUCAACAAAAAUCACAUAGACAAGAACGAAUGCGAAACAAUAAUGAAGAGCCAAAAAUUUUUCAAUUUCUUUCGGGUGCUGCUAUCACUGCCGAGACAAAAUUUCUUGAUCUUACACAUGUUCUGGUCAUACGCGAAGUGUACAAUCUAAUCCAUUAUCUUCAUUAUUCAUUGGCCAUUUAUGGAUGGCCAAUGUAUAUGGUAUCUAAUCCACUAUCACAAUGGUUUCGUCUUUUGAAACAUAUAAAAUGUUGUGGAAAUCAUAGUUCACGUUGGGCUAAAUGUUCACGAUGUUGUAUUGGUGGACAUUUAGAUACCGAUACAAUGAUCGAUAGUGAUGAUCAACAAUUUGUCAAUAUUCAUCGUGAAAGUGAUAAUAUUUUGGGCGAUAAUUGUUGUCUAUGUAAUCGUGCUGCCAUUCGACAAACCUGUAUUGAUCAUGAUUAUAAAAUCAUUUACAUUACCUAUUAUGUUGCCAUUGAAAAGCCACCAUUUUUUGUUGCUGUCGAUUAUGACAAAAUGUCCAUUGUGAUUAGUAUUCGUGGUACAUUGUCAUUGUAUGAUGUUUUAACCGAUUUGAAUGCGGAAUAUGAUCUGCUUCCGUUAACGCCAUCUCGUGAAAAUUGGUACGGUCAUAAAGGAAUGGUAGCAGCAGCAGCCUAUAUUCGUUCACGAUUAAUUGAAAAACAUAUAAUCGAAAUCGCUAAUGAAGAAUUAAAAAUACGAAAUCUAGCUACAAAUAGUCAUCAUCAAUAUCCGAUUAUAAUCGUUGGACAUUCAUUAGGUGCUGGUACGGCAGCAAUUUUAGCCGUUCUUUUAAAAGAAAUUUAUACGAAUGUUAUUUGUUUUGCAUUCGCACCACCUGGUGGCCUUUUUUCACAUGAUUUAGCCGAAUAUUCCAAAGAUUUUGUCAUAUCAAUUGUUUUGGGUAAAGAUAUUAUACCAAGAUUAGGUCUUCAUCAAAUGGAACGAUUACGUUUUGAUUUAAUCAAAGCUAUUAAAAAUUGUGAUAUGAGUAAAUGGCCAAUUAUUUAUAAAAGUUUUCGUAUAGGAAAUAAUGACAUUAAUCAUGAUGAUUAUGUUAAAAAAUUUAAAAUCAAAUCGGAAAAUAAUAUUCUAUCACAAACAUCAAUAUCCAAUUGUGAUAUUGUUGAAUGUAAACAUAAUAAUGGUAAUACAUUGAAUAUUAGUCCAACAAAUAGUCAACAACAACAACAACAACCGCAUCAACAUCAUCUGUAUCCAAAAGAACCAAUCGAAAAUAUUUCCACACAUCCGAAUGAUGAAAAUAUUCAACUAACUGUACAUACACCAUUAUAUCCACCGGGAAGUAUUAUUCAUUUAGUCAAAGCUCAUCCGAACAAAUCCGACUUUCUUUUUGAAUCAAAAUGGAGGCGUAUAAUUGGCCAAAAACAAUUCAUCAUACAAGCAUUAUGGGCUGGAUACGAAGAUUUUGAUGAAAUAUUAAUCUCACCAAGUAUGAUUCGUGAUCAUAUGCCUGAUAGAAUACUUGAAGCAUUAGAAAGUUUAUUGAUUAAUACGGGCCCACCAAAACCAAAACGUAAAUCUGAUUCAAAUGAUGGUGGUGGUGGUGGUAAUAGCAAAGAAGACAAUGAUAAAAAUAAACGAAAUAGUAUCGAUGAUAGUUCUGAUGAUGAUUCGAAAUAUUUUUCAUCGAUAACGGAUACAAAUGAUCAUAUUUAUCAACAACCUCAUCAUUAUCAUCAUUCCAAAAAAAUUAUGUUGGAAACAAGUUUUGCAUCAGCAAUACCGGCAACAUCAAUGACAACUAGUGAACAUCUUGCAGCUAUACGAAAAAAUCGACGUAAAAAAUUUAGUAAUGAAGAAGUUUAUGAUGAAGAACGUUUACGACGAUUACGUAGUUUAAUUUCAAAACGAAAAGCACCAUUAGCAACACCUGAAACGGUUAGUCUAAGUGAUGAUCGUGAUCAGAAUCAAAAACCACCGCUAGUGAUUGUUUCAACCAUAUCAAAUAAUGAAUUUGACACAAAAAAUCAUACAACAACAUCAUCAUCAUCAUCAGAAUCAAAUCAAUAUGAGCAAAUUGAAGCAACGAACGAAAGCAAAACAUCCCAAUCAGAAAUAAUUCAAAUUGAAAUCAAUACGGAUGAUGACAACAAACCAAAUGUAAACAUUCUUUAGCAAAUGGUUUUGACAGACAGACAAAUAGAAACAAAAAAAAGAAAAUUACGAAAAUUCAAUCAAUUUUUUGUCGCAUUUCAUUCAAGGCAUUAGAAAGUGAAAACAAAACAAUCAUAUUCGAAUACUCGAAAGAAAUUCUUAUCAUCAUAAUUUUUAUUGAUUU